AGUAUCAUUUUAAUUUAUGAAAAUUAAUGAAUUUACGUCUAAUAGUAUAUAUAGAUCAAUACUUAUUUGCCUCCUACUUACAAAUGGGAGACGAAGUGAAUGAAUAGGAUAUACAUAUACUUGUUUAAUCUAAUCUAGACGUGUGACCAUAUGAUCAAUUAAUUUCUGUUGUAUAUUGCAGUAAACAUAACCUGUGUAUAAUUCUAAAAAAUGUUAUGCAGAACAAUUUUUAAUAUUAUCCGAAGAACAGAAUGUAUAAAUACGCAAAUGUCAUGUACAUUAAGAAGCGUAUUAAAAGUAAAUUCUACACCAAGCAAUUUACUUAUAAAUUGUUCAUAUCCACAAAAUCUUAAUUCUAUAAUAUUCGUAAGAUUUAAGAGCAAAGGAAAUAUUUCAAAAAAAAGUAAGGAUGAAGAAUCAGAUGAAGAAUCAGAUGAAGAUGAUUUUGAAACAGAAAUUGGUACAAAAGUAAUUGAAGUUACAGUACCUUCUCUUCGAUUGGAUGUUAUUGCUAAAAGUGGUUUUGGAAAGUCACGUGCCCAAUUAGAUAAAAUUUUUUACAAUAGUAAUUUACGUUUAAAUGGAAAAAAGUGUUUAAAAAAGGCAACAAUGGUCCAAAUUGGAGAUGAAAUAGAUCAAAUUCAGGGACGAAGUCCUAAAAAUCCUGAGUAUUUGAUAAUAAAUCGAUGUGUAUUAAAAUCAGUCAGUGUAGAUCCAGAAACAGAUACUAUCAAAGUAAAGUUAGCUCAAAAUAAAUCCUUAUUAAUUGAAGAUUAUACAGAUAAAUGGCAUAAGUCGUAAUAAAGUGUAAAGUUUAAAGAUAAAAGUGUUCAUUAAUAUAUAAUAUUAAUAUUUAUGUAAUAGAUGUAUAAUAGAUUUUAUAAAAAUAGAAUAAAAGAAUUUUUAAUAA